AUGGUGGACACAGCGAUUGAUAGGCUUGUGAUGGACAGUAACAACAAAGAGCUGAUCAAAGCCGUAGCUCAGGUCUAUACCGAUAGCGAUCGGCCUGAUCGGUUCAGUGGUGACUUCAUACGUGGAAAGGGCGAGGGCCAGAUUAUACUAUUGCAUGGGCCUCCAGGUACUGGAAAAACGCUCACAGCUGUGUUUCUCAGAGCUCUCGACUAUUUCGAAGGCAUACUUUUCUUGACCACGAAUCGGGUUGGUCAAUUCGACGAAGCCUUCAUUUCGCGCAUCCAUCUCUCGCUCGGAUACGACAAGCUGACGAACGAAUCGCGUAGCAAAAUAUGGGACAACAUGUUCAGGAAGCUCAAAGAUGACCACAAGCGUGGCGGACGCGAAAUCCUCUACGAGUAUCACGCGAAGAGCUACGUCAAGAGCAAAGAAGUCCAGUCCUUGGAGUGGAACGGACGAGAAAUCAGGAACGCAUUUCAAACUGCAGUCGCUCUCGCCAUCUUUGACGCGAAGCGCGACAAGAAAGAGCCGCCUGAGAUGACUGAGAAGCAUCUCAACCAGGUUGUGCAGAUGUCAUCGGCUUUCCGAAAGUACAUGACAGCAGCACACAGUGGUAUGGAUGAUUCAACGUGGGCGUUCAAACAUGGCAAUCGAGAGGACAAAUUUCCGAGCACCCCAGCCAAGACAGAUGACUGA